AUGAGCACUAUGCACAGCCAGGGCUUGCAUCAAGUAGAGACCCCAGAGGAUAUAAAAAAGCACUUACAACAAAACGGUAUGAACUUGAAGGAUAUUUCUUCGUCUGUAGAUUAUGGGGCAUUGCACACAUUAAAGACGUGGGUCAAUCAAGAAGGAAAAGAGUUCGAGUUGGACUGGGACAAUUUUCAAGAAUGCGUUACUUUUAUGUUUGAAGAUUAUUGCAGAGCAUCAAGAGAGAUACACCUGAAGUUGGUGGAAUGUGAAGAACUUAAACUCAGACAUCACAAGGAGCGAGCCUACCAUCAACAAUAUUACAAAUUGGGUGGAAAUCCCGAACCUCAAUACAAUGACACAAGACAUAAUGUCGGACACAGAGUGAUGGACCAAUUGAUUCAAAUUUACUGGAAAGAUCACUUGUAUCAAAAAGGAAACUACUAUUUCUCGCGAAAAUAUCCCAACAUUAUCCUUUUCAAGUCGGACUCGACUUUGAUGAACCUCCAGGGCAAAACAGUCUACAAAAACUUUCAACAAUUUCAUAAGCAAUCGCUGUUGAUAGUGCUUCAUGACGAUUUGGAACGCGAUUUGGGAAAGUUCCAAUUUCGAAAAGCAGGAACAAGCUCAAGGGGUCACAAUGGUCUCAAGUCGAUUGACGGAGUUUACAAAAAUAAGUAUUCAAAAAUUGCUGUUGGAAUAGGAAGGCCGAGCUCGAAAAGUGUAACAAACUAUGUUUUACUGAAGUUUGACGAUAAAGAGAAGGAGGUAUUGGAUUUCGAGGUGAUUCCGAAUAUAGCUAAGGAAUUGGAAAACAUUAUUGAGGCGGAUUUGGAUAGGCAGAGAGACAAAAAGGUCAAUGGAAGUUGA